AUGUUUGCGCCCCGCUUCGCACGGGCAAAUUUCUCCACACACCAGGCCGUAUCUGCCCUUCAGUGCCUUCAUCGGCUAGAGAAGAAAGGACGGCUGCAUACAGGGCGAGCACGUGCAACCAAGGCUCUACGUCGCCAAGCAAAAGAGGACUGCUUUAUUGUCCGGAUGUUUUCCUUACGUCCUUCUUCACGUCUCCUCAUGGGAUACAUGUACGUGUGUACAUUAUUUUACGAUAGAUUGCUUGUGUACGCUGGACUGCCGCUGAUGACAUCUGUAUCGCAGACACAGCAGCACGGCCAGGCUGACGCAGGUGUGGCUGUAAUAUGGUGCCCUAUGCGGCGACUCGGCAGCAGCAGCGCAACAUGUUCUCAGCAGAAAAUGAGCCAAUAUAUGUCCUCCGGGGGUUGGCGACCAUGGCACCAGGACCUCCCACCCGACCACCAGCAGCAGCAACAGCAGCUUCGUUAUGUUGCCUCUCCGCAGCUGGACGUCUAUCGCCAUCUAGAGGCCUAUCAACGCGAAGAGCAGCAGCAGCAGCAGCUGCAGAUUCAGUGGCCGCAGCACGUUGUUCCUGGUCAGCGGCGGCAAAGCGUACAGCAGCAGCAGCCGAUGGCCUUUUCCCGUCAGGCUGUGCAGCAGCAGCAGCAGCUACGCCGUGUCCCCUCUUUGCAGCUGGACAUCUAUCAUUAUUCACAGGCUCACCAGCCAGAAGAGCAGCAGCAGCAGCUUCGAUGGCAGCAGCAAGCGGUUCCUAGUCAGCGGCGACACAGUGUACAGGAGCAGCAGCAGGUGGCCUUCCUCCAUCAGCAGCAGCAGCAGUUGCGCCGUGUUCCCUCCUUGCAUCUGGACGUCUGCCAGUACUCACAGGUCCCCCAACGCGAAGAGCAGCAGCAGCAGCUUCGACAGCAGCACCGGAUUGUACCUGGUCAGAGGCAACAAAGCGUACAGGGGCAGCAACAGCAGCAACAGCAGACGGCCUUUCUUCAUCCGUCGGUUCUUCCCUCUGUCAGGACGCCGCAGCCGCAUGCGUCCUCCAGUUUUGAUGACCAUCAGACGUUUCCUGCUCGAGAACGUGAACAGCAGCAGCAGGUGACCUUUCUCCCUCAGUUUGUUCUUCUCUCCCACAAGCAGCAGCAGCACCAGAGAUUCUCCGCGUUUCACAAGCAGCAGCCGUCCGCAGUCUCCUCCGCUCCUCAGCAGCCACAAUCGUCACCAGCCUCGGCCCCGGCGGCAUACGUUUCUGAGCAGCAGCAGAGAUACGUGACUGCUGCAUCUCCUGGUAGAAGCCCUCCUCUGUGUGAAUUGUAUGAUUCGGCAUGUGGUGCGUACCACGGAGGGCCUCGAUCGCAUGCAUCUGCCGCAGGUGCUGCCUCUCCAGCCCGCCAGGAACACUCUUCCUUUUCCUCCAUCACACUUGUGAGAAGUGGCAGCCAAACGGGGAAGCUGUCUCUCUCAAGCAGCAGCAGCAGCAGACCGAGUAGCGGCUAUGUAUACCUGCGUGAAGGGGGCUUGUCAGAGACGCCAAACAUAACUCCUGUCUACGCAUGCACUGGCGCACUACGCAGGACCACAGUAGCCGCAGCAGCCUCUGCUGUCUCAGCAGCCUCCGCCCCAGGAGGAAACAUUGCUGCAUUUAGAAGCUGUAGUUCUCACGUCGUAAUAGCUGCAGCUUCCAGCAGCAGCAGCAGGAAGGACGUGGCUCGUGUACCGAUUAGCACUGGGAUAGCAGCACCUGGCGCUGCGCUGACAGCAGCAACCACAGCAAAUUCACCAUCGGCAGCCCUGCAACAGAAGGGAAAUCCCUGCAACAAAGGGAAAAUGCGGGACCAAGAAGAACAACAGGAGCGAGCGGGGCUGCACCAGCAGCAGCAGGCGGCUCUGCACCAGCAGCAGCAGGCGGCUCUGCAGCAGCAGCGGCCGCAGCCUCCCAGGCAGACUCACCACCUGCAGCCCUGCAACAAAGAGAAGAUGUCAGGAGAGCGACAGCAGCAGCAGACGGUGGCACAGCAACAGCAACAGCAGCAGGCCGCGCUGCAGCAGCAGCCCCACCAGCUGGCGGUGCCGCAGUCGCACCAACAGCAGGCGGUGCUGCAGCAGCAGCUGCGUUUGGGACAGUGCAAAUCGGGCGAAGUGCAGGUGCAGCAGCCCUAG